CCCUUCUGCGCAGGCGCAUCGCGCAGCCCCGCCCCUCCUUCCCGCGGCGCUCUGGGGACCAUGGCCGAUCCUCGCGUGAGGCAGAUCAAGAUCAAGACAGGCGUGGUGAAGCGAUUGGUCAAAGAAAAAGUGAUGUAUGAGAAAGAAGCAAAGCAACAAGAAGAAAAGAUUGAAAAAAUGAAGGCUGAAGAUGGUGAAAACUACGCCAUUAAGAAGCAGGCAGAAAUCCUGCAAGAGUCCCGGAUGAUGAUCCCAGAUUGUCAGCGCCGAUUAGAGGCUGCAUAUACCGAUCUUCAGCAAAUAUUAGAAAGUGAAAAAGACUUGGAAGAAGCUGAGGAAUAUAAAGAAGCACGUGUAGUUCUGGAUUCAGUGAAGUUAGAAGCCUGAAGUUUUUCUGUACAGGGUGUUUUUUCAAUUAAAUCCUGGGGUCCAUUCUACAAUUCAUUAUUUUUGGCCACUGCUGUGUUUAGUAAUAUGAAAACGUGGUUCUUUUUAUGCAGUUGCAUAUAUUUUCCUUUGCAUAACUUAAUGUGUCAAAUAAAUGAGUUCAUCUAAUAAAAUUGUGUAUUUCAUACGUUACAAAAAUUUCAGUUGA